AUGGCGGACGACGACCACGACGAGCGAGCGUUCGUCGCGGCGCGAGCGCCGACGGACGCCGCGCGCGAGGGGCGCCGACGGACGCGAGCACCGUCGUCGAGCGAGCCAUCGCGGGAGACCGCCGUCGUGGCCCCCGUCGCGACGCCGCGAACGCGCGACGACGACUGCGGCGGUGGUGCUCGCGACGCGUCGACGUCGCUCUCGACACCAUCGCGACAGCGUCCGCACACGCCCGCGCGUGCGUUCGCGCGCAUGCGCCGCGGUCGCGACGCAUCGCGCGUUCGAUCUCGACCGCGGUCGUCGAUCGCGACGCUCGUCGUCGCCCUCACCGGCGUCGUCGCGUCGUCGUUCGCCACGCGCGCGCUCGGCGCGAGAUUCAAGGUGGAGAUCGCCACGCUGCGCGUGCAGUCCCCGACGAGCGUGAGCGGGCGGUACGACGUAGCGAUCGCAAACUUUGGACGCACGCUUUACGGCGCGACGCUGACGGGUGUGCUCACGUAUCCGCGCGAAACGUCGCAACGGACGGGAUGCGGCGACGACGCGGUCAUCACUCUUCCAGACGACGCCGAGGCGACGCGCAUGGCGAUCAUCUUACUUCUCGAUCGCGGAGGGUGUCCGUUCACUGAGAAAGUCAUGAACGGACAGCGCGCGGGCGCAGACGCCGUGAUCAUCGUGGAUAACACCGACGAGCCGCUGUUGACGAUGGAUGCGGCGGCGGACGCGGGCUCUGAUGUGGAUUCCAAAAUCACGGUUCCCGCCGCGUUGAUCACAAAGGCGGAUGGUAACAAGUUUGAGAACGCGAUCGUGAACGACGAGCGCGUCGUGGGGACGAUGGAUUGGCACGACAUCCUUCCGCACCCGGAUUCACGCGUCGAGUGGGAGUUGUGGAGCGAGACGAACGACGAGUGCGGUCGCGCGUGCCAAGCUCAAAACGCGUUUCUGCGCGACUUCAAAGCAAUCGCACAAAGCCUCGAGCGCGGCGGAUACACGCAGUUCACUCCGCAUUACCUCACCUGGGAGUGCAUGGACGUGCCACCGACUUCAAAAGAAUGUCAGGCGCAGUGCGUCAACGUCGGUCGAUACUGCGCGCCCGAUCCCGAAGAAGACAUAAAUUCCGGCUACUCCGGAGCGGACGUAGUGAUUGAUAACCUUCGCGCACUUUGUGUCUUUGACGUGGUGAACAAGACCGGGAGCCCGUGGUUGUGGUGGGAUUACGUAGCGGACUUUUCGCUGCAGUGUACGAUGCAGAACGGCAACUUUGCCUUGCGCUCGUGCGCCGAGUCCAUCAUGAAGACUAUCGGAGUGGACGCGGUAGCCGUGGACGCGUGCGUUGGCGAUACGUCCGCAGAUCGCACGAACCCGAUGCUCGAGGCUCAAAUCGCGUUGCAGAGUCCGCCGGAGAGCAGCUCCAGGCCUGACAUUCGGCUUUUGCCAACGGUUCUGAUCAACGAAGAACGUUACUCUGGGAAACUCGCGCGAGGCGAAGUGCUCACGGCGCUCUGCGCAGGGUUCGAGGAACACUCAAUACCAUCGAUGUGCAGCGACGCUGGACUGAUGCACGCGAUGUGCGUUCGGGGGCAGGAAGGGGACACGACGUGCUCGGCUGAUGCACAGGGUGACGGUCGAACGGCGUGUCGGGAAACGAGUGCUUUUCCAUUCUUCGAAUGUGUCUGUCCUGAAGGUUCUCAAAGCUUGGUCGGACCCGACGACAAAAUGAAGUGCGAGUCAGUCAACAAGUGCGCGCAGGCGAUGCACGACAUGGCGAACUGCUCGUGCGAACGAUGCGUGUGCACGAAUCUCGACGAAGGACGUUUUCAGUGCAAAACACAGAACAAAACAAUGUGCGAAUCGCCGCUCGCACGCGGAGCGACGUCGCAGGGAGGAUGCUGGGCGAAUGACGGAUUUACGGCGUGCGUGGACAACAUCGAGGCAAAGAAAAAAGCUAGCCGGGAAGGACGCGAUCCCGACACCGUGCCCGACGUCGUGUGUCGGUGUCCAAAAGGCUUUGAGGGUGACGGGAAAUCGUGUCACGAGAUCGAUGAGUGCGCAACAAAAUGCAAGGGCUCGCACGCGAAGUGUUCGAACACGUACGGGAGUUACACGUGCACGUGCGCGGAUGGAUACGUCACGAGCUACCAGCCCGCACCGGUGGACGAUUACGUGUGUCUCAGUCAGCAUCGAGGCGGCGGCGCGUCGCUGGUCAUUACAUCUGCAUUGAUGUCAGUACUCGCCGUCGCGAGCGCAUCGUACGCGUUUUAUCAGUACCGAGCGCGGUCGUACAUGGAUAAAGAGAUUCGACAAAUCAUGGCGCAAUACAUGCCACUGGAGAAUCAAAUGGACGACGACGACGACGACUCGCCGUACGACCAACCGCCUUCUCGCCCUGCGCGAGUGGUCAAGCAAAGUUUCUUGCCGGUGACGAACACGGAGAUGAGCGAUUUCUAG